GAUCAGGAGAGCAAUGGAACAAAUACCCGAUGGUCCCAUGUUAAUUGUCACAAAGACACGAUGAUCCUCUGGAAGCACCGCCGGGGGGUAAUACUGUUGCUGGGAGGGGUCGCUAUAGCACUUCUCUACAUCCUCUACACAGGGGCAGCUUUCGCCGGGGAUACGGCCUCACAUUUUAAAUCGAAAUCUCAUUUAAAAUCUACAUUCCAUGACCAUGAGAAUGAUGCCAGCGCUGACAAGCUGGCUGCUGAUGAAGAAAACGAAGCCCCGAUACCAGUGGGAAAAGAUGCAAUAAUUUUUGUUAUUGGUGAUAGUCAUAUAGCUCACUUAAACGACGCUAUCAGUCAAGAAGUGAUCAAAAACGCCCAGCCAGACUUUGAAACCAACCACAAAGUGGUCGUGUUCGGAAUGCCAGGCGCUACCGUGGACACACUGAGAACCUCCGAGAAGCUAAUAUACUCUCUGAAAUCCGACAGACCUGAACUCGUUUACCUUCAUAUCGGCAGUAACGAUGCCGAUUCCAAGAUGGCCGUCGAUGAGAUCUCCGGAAAUAUUCUGAAAUAUUCCAUUGAGUUGGAAAUGGUGUACGGAGUGAAGUCUGUCAUACUGAGCGAACAGUUUCACCGAAAGAAAACCAGGAACUUGCCCCCAAAAGAGUACGACCUUAAAAUUAUAGAACUAAAUAAGCAGUUGAGAUUCCACGACCAUACCAGAUUUUGGAGUCAUAAUCAACUGAUGCAAGCUAAGGAAGAGAUUCUAGGAGAAGACGGUGUUCACUUGAAUGACUAUGGACAGUCGUAUUUUUAUAACUCAAUCAAAUCAGGGUUAAAUUAUUUGCUUAAGUUGCACAAGUAGUAAAAAGGUUUUUAAUACAAUGCAGUUAAUUGUAAAGAAGGGAACAUUUUUGACUAUGCAAAUCUUUGUUGACGAUGGUAUUUUAGCAUUG